UGAAAAAUACGAUAUUCAUCCGAUCGUUGCGAAACUUAUCAUGUGUGUGAUGGUCAAAUAAAUGUCAUAAUUUUUCUAAAUACCGACUAUUUCUAGUCAAAUAUAGUCACAAAAUUUGUGUGUUGUUUUAAAAUGAAUACUUUAAUAACCCGCAGUUUGUCAAGACAAUUUGGUGCUUUGGGAAGAAGAACUUUGGCCACUACACAAUUGAAAUCAGGUUCUUUUAAAGUACAAGAUGACAAGGAUUUUAUUGAUAAAGUUGAAAACAGCAAAGAACCGGUCAUUGUCGACUUUUUUGCGACGUGGUGUGGACCCUGCAAAGCUUUGGAACCUCGAUUAGAAAAUGUAAUUGCCCAACGCAAAGGCGACAUUUCUGUUGCUAAAGUUGAUAUUGACGAUCUGGGCGAACUAGCCGCUAAAUAUGAAGUAAGCACAAUUCCAGCUCUAGUGGUUUUCCAAAAUGGAAAAGUUAAAGAAAGAUUAGUGGGACUACAAGAUGAAGACAAACUGAAUUUGUGGAUUGAUAAUAUUUUGAAGAAAUAAGUAAUUCAGACAAUGUAAAUUUAUAAUUUUCUUUUAUUAUAUUCAUUAACUGAAUAAAACAAGUUUUUACAGAUCUUAAAAUA